AUGUGGUUCCGAGUGAUAAUGCUCUUGGCGAUGAUCAAAGGCGACAACAUCGAAGGCGCGUUAUCGAACAUCGGGUACGUGAUGUUGUCCUCGUCGUUACACUCGGGAUUUCAGCUCGUGCAAGGGAAAAUAAUGCUCCCGAAGCUCGUCAAAAUGGGCAAAGUGCACCCGGAGGCUCUGCGAAAGGCGAAAUUCCCCAUGAGACGAAUGCUGUGGCAUUUUUUUGUGGCCAGUUUCGUGGCGUACUUAUUGGUGCAAUCCGGCUCGAAACGAUUGACGUGGUUCUUGUUAGUCACCACCGGAGUGUUUCCUAUUUUUCGGUGCUUCGCGUUUCCGAAAAUGUGGCCGAUUCCAGCGUUUAUGUGUUUGGUGAUGUAUUUCGUGUGGAGAAACGAAGGCGUGCAGGAGUUAUUCUUAGGUCUGUUAUUGUUUCAAGCCGUGCCGGUGAUGCAGGAGAUUAUGACGUUUUAUUUGCAGCCGGUCGUAGGGAGGAGGCUGGCGAGAGUCGGCGCGUUCGCGGCGUGGUUGACGGCGUUUGCGAUGUGCGUGCCCAUUGCCGGGACCUUUUUAUGGGCGAUGUUUGAUUCGAAAUCGUUCGAUAGAUUUGUGAGGAGAAGGAAUAGAAAAGAAUACAACGGAUAUUGGAGGAAGUACGAGUGGUUCCAGGGUAUUUUGGGAUUCGUGGACGAUAGCGGCGAAAAUCCGUUUCAAGUUUUAGGCGUUUCGCAAAGCGCGACGGCGGCGCAAAUUCGUAAACGAUUUCGAGAUUUGAGCGUGAAGUAUCAUCCGGAUAAGACGGGGAACGAUCCGGUGAAGUCGGCGUAUUUCGUAAAAUUGCAAAGGGCGAUGGAGGCGAUUACGAGCGGCACCGCGGAUGGUAAAGUGAACGAAAACGCGUUGAUGGAACGCGUGAGCGGAACUAUUCACAGGUGCGCAGAGUUGACGCCAGUGAUCGGGAUGUGGUUGGCGUUAUCUCUUUGGGGUGCUUUCGUUGAAUUUAUGCAAAACAGAGGUAAACGAAAGAGUAAGAGAAGAAAAGGGGGGAAGAAGAAGAGUAAGAAGAAAAGUAAGAGUGAGAAGAAGAAGAGCGAUAAGACCGACGACGGAAAGGAGAAUACUAAUAAUGGUGUCGAAAGUACUCAUCCGACGACGAAUGUAGAAGAGAAGAAAGAAGAGUAUAGAACAUUCCCGUCAUCAUCCUCGGACGACGACGAUGAUAAUGGAGAAGGCGAAUCCUCCUCCGGUGACGAAGAAGACGAAGAUGGAGACGAAGAGGAGGAAGACGUUUUGCCAAACGUCGGGCCGUCCUUCGUCGGCGCGUCCGUGCUCAGCGACAUUUACGGCGGUCAAAGGAGAAGACCAUCCGCAAAAGGCCGCGCUUCGGCAGGUUUACGAACCAGCGAGCCAAGAACAGUCGGUGGACGGCGCAUUCAAACGCCAAUCGUUAUGCCGCAUCGGGGAAAGGACGCCGUUACGAACAACACCACUAAAGUCAACACCGACGACGACGGGAAGAAGAGCGACGAUAAAAAGAAGGAGAAUUAA